GGCUGAUUAUCUCCAUUCAAGCCCUCUCUCAUCUGCACCUGUCCUAGGGCCAGAGACUGACGUCUGGCCCAGGAUCAGAGGAAAGGAAGAUCAAAGUCAGGUCUUGCUGCUGCUUCUCUUGCCAUAUCAAAUGCAGAGAUCUGAAGUUGGGAGGAGGGGCCACCUGUCCAUUAGCCCAGAAUGUUGCUCCCUACCACAUUGAGCUACAAUCAUCAUAGGGAUCAGCUGCUAGGGGCCGAGGGCAUCCAAAGCCAGGCACAUUUGGGACUUGGAUCUCAGUCCUAACACACAAUCUCCAGCAGCCAUGUCUAUGGAAGAGGAAAGCCGUCCUUUUGCCCAGCAGCUGUCCAAUGUCUACUUCACAAUCCUUUCACUUUUCUGCUUCAAACUCUUUGUGAAAAUCAGCCUCGCCAUCCUCAGUCACUUCUACAUUGUGAAAGGAAACCGCAAGGAGGCGGCCAGGAUCGCCGCCGAGUUCUAUGGCGUGACCCAAGGGCAAGGUUCUUGGGCAGAUCGAUCACCCCUCCAUGAAGCAGCAAGUCAAGGCCGUCUACUUGCUUUGAAGACUUUACUGUCACAGGGAUACAAUGUCAACACAGUGACCAUCGACCAUGUCACUCCACUGCAUGAAGCCUGUCUGGGAGAUCAUGUCGCAUGUGCCAGGACUCUUCUUGAAGCCGGCGCCAACGUGAAUGCAACUACAAUUGAUGGUGUGACUCCAUUAUUCAAUGCAUGCUCCCGAGGAAGUGCCAGUUGUGUCGAGCUUCUGUUGGAGUACGGUGCCAAAGCUCAGCUAGAAUCAUGCCUUCCCUCACCUACGCACGAGGCAGCCAGCAGAGGUCAUUGUGAAUGUCUAGAAGCUCUGAUAUCCUGGGGUAUAGAUGUUGACCAAGACAUUCCUCACCUGGGAACCCCUCUGUAUGUGGCUUGUAUGGCACAGCAAUACCAUUGUAUCCAAAAACUUCUUUAUGCAGGUGCUGAUGUUCAAAAAGGCAAGUAUUGGGAUACUCCAUUACAUGCUGCUGCUCAACAGUCCAGCUUAGAGAUUGUGGGUAUUCUGCUUGAAUUUGGGGCUGAUAUCAAUGCUAAAAAUACAGAGUUUCAGCGGCCUGUGGAUGUAGCUACUCCUAGAAGCUUGGUUGAGAGGAUGUUGCUACAGCAGGAAGCUACCCCAAGCUCUCUGUGCCAACUUUGCCGGCUGUGUAUCCGCAACUGCAUAGGAAGAGCAAGACUACAUCUUGUUCCCCAGCUCCAGCUUCCAAAGCUCCUGAAAGACUUCCUACAAUACCGAUAAAGCAGUAAACUCACC